GCACCAUAUCAUUCAAGUGCCUUGCUGGGCUCCUGUUGCUACUACUCUGACAGAUAGAAUACGUCAAUAUUUCCUUGGUGGAUCUCAUCAACUUAUUGAAAGUGAUAUUGUUAAUUUAGGAAAAGAUAGAUAUAAAUUGCACACUCAGUCAAAAGGCAAUAUUAAGUUACAAAUAGAUAUUAUCUUAAGAAAUUUCUGCCAGUUUGGUGUAGAAUAUAAGUGAAAAUGAAAGUCAUAACAUAUCUUGCUUUUACACUUUUCUCCAUAGUUAUAAAUUUUGCAGUUAUGGAUUUUAUUCAAGAGAAAAUAAGGGUUGAUAAUAAAGAUGUAACAUCUGAUGUAAAUGCAAGCAGUGCAAAGACUCACUUUAAUGAUAUAUUAAAGCAUUAUGGUCAGAAACCACAUGCUUUGUAUUACCGUUCACAGAUUAAUUUAGAGAGAAAAAUUCCAAGCACAAAGACCUAUAGCAAUGCUUCAUUUCUGGAGUCUUUGGAAACUUCAACAGAGAUUUCAAGCACCAUAAUUGAUUUGCUAUAUGAUGAGAAUUCUUCCACAACUGAAGACGCAUAUGCAACAGCAACAGAGUCUCUAUUGACAAGCACUGAGUUUGAUAAUGUAACUGAAAUUACGAUAUUUGGAAUAAAAAAUGCAACCACAAUCAAGCCACUUAUUAAGCCAAAGAAAACGGUUACAUAUUGUAGUUGCAAUUUACUAUACCAAGUCUGUGACAUCAACUGUUGCUGCGACAGUGAGUGUACAGAUGACGAUCGUAAAAUAUUCAAAUGCGUCGACGGUUCUUCCAAAACCAAACAAGAUGAAGAUGGGUGCAUCUCCCACCUUUCUUUCAGCAGUUAUCUGAUGGACACAGGACUUUCCCGCUUAUUUUGUAUUGCGAAAACAAAUUUGCCAGAUAAACGAAAACUAAAUCGCUUAGAGCAUGAUGAAUCUGUAAUAGAUAGUGCUUUCAAAUGGCAUUCUAAUGCAAAAUCCGAAAUAGCUCAUGAAUUUUCAAGAAAACCGUACGAGGCUGGUGACCCUGUUUGGCUCAUCAAAAAUGGAUCAAUUGUUUACAUUGAUCUUCCAGCACAGAGUUUAAAUAGCUAUUGCUCGCAUAGGAAAAUAAUGAAGUUCUUAAGUAAUGAAAAAAUAAUUUGUAAUGUUAAGCUAACUGAUCUUGAAAUAUUUCACACAUUGAGCAUAGCUGCGGAUUCUUCUAUAGUUAGUGUUACAGACAAAUUAGCAAAUAGCACUACUACGUUGGUAAGUUGUUUCCUAUAAAAGCUAGUUAUUUCUUUAAAACAUUUUAAAAGAUCAGUUAGUAAAAUGUCUUGAUAAUAUGGUCUUUUGCUACUUGGCAAUAAGGCUGCC